AUGCCCCAAGUUACCAUGGAGUGGGUCGCCCGUGUGAACAGGUACUUGUAUCUGGAAGAGAACCAGACUGAGCUUGCCAAGUUUAGGCCUGGAGCUCAGUUCGCUGAUAAUGUUAGCAAAUGCCUGAAAGUCGAGCAAAUGACGAAAGAGGGCGGGAAUGCAGCACAAAAUCAGGAGGAAGACGACAAGGCUUGGGAGAGAAGAGGCUUUACCCUCCUGCCGAAAGGAGGCCAGGGCGGUGCUCCCGCGAGGCUUUUGCAUGUGCCUCUCGAAGAGAGCCAUUUCAAGUCUGCUGUAGAGGACUUAAGGCUCCACAAACACAUUGUCCGCGUGUUGGAGAGAGGUAGCACGUACAUGUCAGCCGCGGAGCUGCAUCAACACUUUGUCUCGAGCUCGUCCCCCCCGUUGUCAGAAUCCAGUGCCGGGACGACAACUUCCAAGACAUCCUCUACUAAGAACAGCACCACAUCCGACAAGACCACGAACGCUUCAGAUGCCGAAGUGGUCUACACGGCAUUUUUCCAAUCUGGAAUGGAAAACUACACGGGAAACCUUGCGUUUACGUCAACAUUCUUUCAACUCAAAAGUUCAUCUUGUGGCAUCAUUCUGGGCUGCACAGACGAUGACAUGACUAGAGCGAACGCUAUGCUGAAAAGCUGCGAGACGGCAUGGGAUCAUCCCCUCCUCCUACCGAGUAUUUUCGCCGAACUUCAGCGACGCCGAUUGCGGGACUUGUCUGAGAAGCUGAAUAACAGAGCAAUAUGGGUGCUGGAAGAACUUAAGGAUGACAUCGAAAAGCUCAGCAAGAUGCCGGACGAUCUCGCGGUGGAGAAUUCUUUGAAGUGGGCGAGCGAUCUGGGAAAGGUGCAAAAUGAUAGCAACCUUAUCGGGGAAGAUCUCGUGUCCGCAUCUCGACAGUUAGAAAGGUGGACAAGCCACGCCAAGGCACUCUUGAUGGAGGACGAAGAAAGCAACAAGAACCGACUACAUGAUACUCGCCGCUUCACGGAACGUUUCCAGGAAAUCGGCUUAGACUUCCAGGAUCUGAUUGCUUCGUGCCGAGUCAAUGUCAGCGAAGCUGCCCUAACAGCGGAGGGAUUUCAAAAUGACCUCGCCAGGCGCCAUGCGAGAUCCAAUUCCAGUCAAGCCAAGCAAGCAUCCUUGCAAACCCAGGCCAGCACUAUCAUUGCGUUUGCUGCAAUGUUAUACUUGCCAAUAUCUACGAUGGCGUCCAUCUUUGCCAUGCCCGUUUUCGACUUCAAGGCAGCUUGGCGGAACCUGUUAAACCAGCCAGCCAUGCCCAGUGACUCUUCGGACGAACCUCGACCUAUCCCAAGUACAACCGAAUCUGCCGCUGCAGCCACUACCAGGCCUACCAGUCAACCUUUAGCGGCGGCAUCGCCUGUUGUGUCCGUAUAUCUGUGGUACUAUCUCGCCAGCACCGUUGCUUUGAUGUUGUUGACUUUUGAGACAUGGUACUGGCAUAGCCACUCCAACCGGCCAUGGCGGCAGCGAACCCUGUCCUUUGUUUUGGUGAUACGAGUAAGUCAAGGCGUGGGUAAAGUCGUGAAGACUCUAUGGCGUCACAGGCCCGGUGGGAGCUCCAGGAAGAACAAGACGAAGCAACCGGUGCUGCCGACAACGCAGCCACCAGCGACUGUACUGUCGAUGUCAUCGGCCACGCCACAAGCAGCGUCUAUUGGCAAGGGUUCCUGCCAGCCGAAUGUUGCGACGAAAGGCUCGGGCUCUGCACUUUUAGGUACGGCUCCAUCAGUUGUGCAGCUUGAAGAGCCAAGCCAGCCGCAAGCCAAGAUGGGCACUCAAACCCCGACGCCAGCAAACGUACUGCCUUCAGGUGGAGGGGCCGCCGCGACAGCUCUCAGUCCCCAAGCGGCAGCAACACCAGUGUGA